AUGGCACACAGUUUGCUUAAGAAUGUGGAGGCAGAUGGUUGGGAACGAUUAGAUUUUCCCAUCAUCUGCGAGUCAUGCUUGGGAGACAAUCCCUACGUCCGGAUGACACGAGCUGAUUAUGACAAGGAGUGUAAGAUUUGCACACGUCCGUUCAUAAUUUUCAGGUGGAGGCCUGGUCGUGAUGCGCGAUUUAAGAAGUCAGAGAUUUGCCAGACGUGCAGUAAGUUGAAAAACGUUUGUCAAGUUUGCCUCUUGGAUCUCGAAUAUGGCUUACCAGUUCAAGCUCAGACAAUCGACGAGCUCCACUCGCUGCAGAAAAAGAAGUCGGCACCCACCACCUCUAACAAUGGCACUUAUGGUGCUGCUUUUGCCAUCACCAUCUCUGAGGAGGAGCGACACAAGCAGCAGCUCCAGUCCAUCAGUGCUUCUUUGGCAUCGCUGACGAGAGAGACGGGGCCAAAUGUGGUUUGA